AUGGGGCUGGGAUUGCUGGUUUCCCUGGUAGUCAUGGUAGAGGUGGAGUGGAGUGGAGGCGGACGUGGACCCGGACCCAAUGGAAUCAAGUGUAUUCACUACAUCUACAUGGUGGCAAUGUCGGAAGUUCGGGUUAGGCCCAAGCACAGACUUGUGGCCGGAAGUGUGCACGUAAGCGUCAGUGUCUUCACAGCCACAGCCACCGAGACCACUUGCAACGUGCAACAGCCACAGGAGCAGAAGCAGAAGCAGGAGCAACAAGCAGAGGAGAGUAUUAACUGGAAAAGGAACGCCUUCACAUUGGAUUACGCGCAGUUUUACCUUAGACCGGUGCCAAUUAGUGGCCAACAGCAGCAACAAACGCAGCAGCAACACCAGCAGAUAGUGCAGCAACAAUUGUUAGCCCAACAGCAGCAUCAACUGCAAAUCCAGCAGCUGCAGCAACAACUGCUGCUGCAACAAAUCGAACGGGAGUUGCAGCAGCACCAGCAGCUUCUAUACAGCCAGCGACAGGCACAGAGUAACUACACUCCCGUGCGGCAGCGUUGGCUCACCGGCAGCCACUACGACUACGCCGCACCGCAGCAACUUCUGCCGCAACUGCAACAGACCCCUCCGCAGCAGCAACAUCAUCUGCUCCAGCAUCACCAACAACAACAACAACAACAACAGCAGCAGCAACAACAGCAAUACAGCUACUAUUUCAGUCGGGGAAGCACCAGCUCCGGCCUGGGUCUGGGACUGGGCCUGGGCUUCGGUCUGGGCAGCGGCAACCUAGCCAGCUGGUACCAUCUGCCCUCCACGUCGGCACACAUCUACAUCGGGACAACCAGCAGCGGCGGCGCAGGUACAACCCCGUACCCAUAUCCGUAUCGGGGACUGGGAGCCUAUUCCGGCGGCGGCUAUCCGGCAGCGGCUCUGAUCAACUUUGAUGCCUCGCCCACCCCACUGCUAGCAUCAGCUGGGACUUCGCCGGGCUAUCUGCCGCCACUCCCUGUGCCGGCAGCCCUACCCCCGCCGCCCCCGGCGCCGAGCGUAGCCACCGACUACUACUUCAGCAGUCGGAGCACGCGCACGCUUCCACCAAAACCCACAGCGGUAACGGCCACAGGAACAGCAGCAGGAUCAGCAACAGCAGUCAGACUAUCGCCGUUCCAGGAGUACACGGCUAGUGCGGCGGAGGAGCUGCAAGCUGGCUAUCGCUACAAGGCCACGCCCCGAAGGCGCUACGACGCCUACGACAACUACGGCUAUCUGCCGGGCUUUGCCAGCACAACCGAAGACGACGAGGACCUACUCGACGAGUGCCUGCCGGCGGCCCUACUCUCCACGGACUGCGACAGUCUCGAGGAAGUGCGCUUUCUACAGCACCAGGCGGAGGAGGACGACGACGAGGACGACGAGGAGGUUGCCACACAGUUGGCACAUAUUCUUGACCUGCCCGAUUUUUUGCAUCCUUACGGCGGCGGCGGCGCAAGCGGCAGCAGCAGGGCCAGCAUACACAGCCACAAGACGCCGCCGCAACACGAAUACCAGACGGAGCACGGCUCAGCCGCAGCCGGAGCAGGAGGAGGGGUUGCUACCACAGGCGGAGGAGGAGGCGCUGGCGGCACGGAAGGCGGAGGCAACAUCAGCGGUGGUGGCGUCGGUCAGUCGCAACGCGAGACGGUUGAGCAACGCUAUCACCAAUACCAGUACCAGCAGCAGCAGCACCAGCACCAACACCAGCAGCAACAUCAAUUCCACCAUCAUCACCAUCAGCAGCCGCCACAGCAACAGCAGCAGCAGUUCCAACAGACGCCGCAGCAAUCGCAAGGUCACCAGCAGCAGGCGUACCACUCGUACCAGUAUCCAUCGCAGGACAGCUGCGAGGGCUUCAAUCACUUCGCCAACGACGCCAAUAGCUGCCUGGGCAACCAGAGAAUGAUGGUUAGCAAAUUGUGGAACAGUUGCUUCCCGGAGUUCACGCCGGACCAUGUCCAUCGGCACAACUUCUAUCUGUGCCAGUGGCAGCGAAACACGCAGGUGCGCAUUGUGUACCUGUUCUAUCGCUGGAUAACGGCCAUCACCUGCUUGGCGGCGCUGGUCUGCUCUUUGCUGGACAUCGGGCGCACCGAUGAGCACUUUGAGCACCACUAUGCCAAGUGGUGGAUAUAUCUGACUCACUGGGGCCUGCUGUUUUGCACGGUGCAGGCCUGGCUGGCCGCCUGGAUAGUCACCCAGGGCAUGAUGGUGGAGCGGGAGGACUUUGAGAUUGUGCGCCAAGCCAAGAAGAGUCGUCUGCAUCACCUCUACUGGGUGCUCUACACCUGUGCCACUGUUUAUGCCUUCAUUGUCACCAUGUGCUAUUGGCUGCUCGUUCACAAUUCAGAAAUCCACAAAAUUGAUACUUUGAAUAUUAUGGUUCAUGUGCUAAACUCGAUUAUAAUGCUCAUCGAUUUGGCCAUUGUGGGGCAUCCGAUUAAAAUGAGCCACGCCUACUUUACCACGGGCAUUGGACUGGCAUAUGCCAUAUUCACUGGCAUCUAUUUCUUGGCCGGCGGCACAGACAGGAAAGAUCAAACUGCCAUCUAUCCUAUGAUGGACUGGACCAAGCCGGGCAAGGCCAUUAUUGUUACGGCCUGUGCUAUAAUAUUCACCUUCUUUGUCCACUUCUGCUGCUACCUACUGUACCGCGGCCGGGUCUGGCUGUUCACCAAGCUCUGCAUUCGUGGCCGCCACAAUCGGGACGGCGAGAUGGGCGAGGGUCUCAACGAUGACUCGGGCUCUCGCAUGGGCGGAGGGGGCGUGGGUGGCACUAUGGGCGGCGCUGGAGGCGGGGUCAGUGGUUCGGUGGCUGCCGCUACUUCUGUGUGUGUUGGCGCCGGUGGCAGCAGCCAGGAUUAUGCCCACCAGCAGCAAUAUCCCAUUGCGCAUACGGAGCAGCCGCGGGCCGGCAAUCAACAGCAGCAUCAGCAGCAGCAGCCGCCUGCCAACUACCAGGCUCCGCCUCAGUAUUCUGGCUACCUGCAGCAGCCCGUGGUGGCUGGCGUCAAUGUGGGGGUGAUCAGUGCGGAGGGAGUGUACCAACCGAUUGGCACAGAUGCCGGACGCACCAGUGGUGGUGGUGGUGGUGGUGGUGGAGUUGGUGCCGUGGGCGAUGUCUCCGGGAAACACAAGUCUGCCUCUGGCUCGGGGUCAUUGACGCGCACAGUAGCCCACCUGGAUGCGUCGCAGCGGGAGCAGUUCCUCAACCCCAACAAGAUCGUCGAGUAUAAGAUGUAAAGGCGAUGCACCCGGCACCGGUAUACGUUCCACUUGUCCAUGAAGUUUUUGGAGAAGCACUGUGCCCAGUGCGAGGCGACGCGCAACGCCAUCAGCGAGGAGCAGCGCCACCUCGCCGAUGGCGGGCACAGUGGUUAGCUAGAGUUGCUUUGAAUUAUCAAUUCCCAACUAUGUAUCUGCCAGAUCAGAUCGGAUCGAAUCAGUAUUGCACUUGGUAUUGUACGGCAUUGUAGUUUGUAAAAGUAGUUUCGUAAUUUUGUAAAAGCUUUGCCAGUUUUUUAAAUGUGUAGCCUCGUUCUGUCUGCUAGCGACUUGGAGUAGGAGUGGUAGUGGAUGUACUUGUCGACCAUAAUAUUGAAUAAAUUUAGAAUAUUAGGGAUAUUCCUUUAGUGUUGCAAACACAUCUUUGGCAACGAUAUCCCCUCGAGCAGAGGGGAUAUCAGUAUUGUAGUUGCUCCUUGAUGCUGGAUGUAAUUUCCAACAAUUUUAAACACUUUUAAUGGACUAAGUUGAACAUGGAUAUGUUACAACUCAUACUAGCACCUUAAGUUAAAGCUCAGUUAUAUUUAUACCUUAAAUUGCAUCAAUUGUGUUCAAGAUUGUCGUUCCACAAAUAGUUACAAUACGUUUGGCCCAUACUCCUUAUGAAGAACAGCAAACCAAACAACAAAAAUGUCAAACACAUACUGCCUAUAAUUAUGUUGCUUAAGUAUUUUUUACAUAGUUAAUUUCCCAUUAAUCCGCCUAAAUUUUAUAUAUCGGUGCAGGUGUAAAGCAAGCUCAUGCACAUGCACACAGCCCCAAAACCCCAAGACCAGCCAGAGUCGGACAACCAAAAAUAAAGCUUACUAAAAUUAAAAUCGUUUUUGUCUGCUCUUGGGGAGCAGUGUGCACUGUGCAUGGACUUGGCAAAUUUAAUUGGCAGUUUUAGUGGCGCAAAUUGCACUAGGAGAUAUAGAGGAAGAGUAAAGUUUAACUUUAAGAUAUGUAUGCUUGGCAUUGAUUUGCUUAGUAUUUAGUAAAUUGAUUAAAUAAAAUACAUUAUUUGAAUGGAUAUUUUCGAAGCCAGCACUACGCUGCAAAAAUAACUCUACAAUAUAAAGCACGACAGAUAAAUAUUAAAAAAAAAAAUACAUACAUACAUAUAUCUAAAUGAAGUAUUUUAGCAUAUAAUGUUGAAAG